AUGGCCUCUUCCAAUUGUUUUGUUUUAGCCAUUUUCAUGGCUCUGUCAUUGUUGAACAUCAAUGUUGGGCUAGCAGCUCGUCAUCUCCUCCAGAUGCCACCAGCUUUUCCCGGAGUAACGUUGCCACCACUGCCAUCUAUCCCCAAUCUCCCACAACCGACAUUGCCGACAACUCAGCCAUCGUUACCCAAGCCUGGAGCUCUGCCUCCACUUCCUAGCAUGCCAACAUUGCCUACCAUGCCAUCCGUCCCUCCUCUUCCUAGCAUGCCAACAUUGCCUACCAUGCCAUCCUUCCCUACAAUACCAACUACCAUCCCAUUCUUCUCGCCACCUCCUUCAAAAACGACCCCUUGA